AUGGGGUUUGGAGUUGUUUGGCGGAGAUGGAUGGAGAUGUUAAUUUUUCGAAGUUCCAUGUUCGUUUUGGUUAAUGGUAGCCCGACGAAAGAAUUUGUGGUGGAGAAGGGUUUGAGGCAAGGCGAUCCUUUAUCUUCGAUCCUUUUUGUGUUGGUGGCGGAGGGUCUAGCGGGUCUUGUAAAAAAAUUGUUUGAGAUUGGCGAAUUCAAAGGUCUUGACAUUAAUGGGAGUUGCAUGGUUGACAUCUUACAAUUCACGGAUGAUACUCUUUUAGUGGGGGAAAGUUCUUGGAGACAAGUGUGGGCUAUCAAAGCGGUGUUAAGGGCGUUCGAGUUAGUGUCGGGUCUUGGCAUCAACUAUCACAAAAGUAAGUUGAUUGGUAUAAAUGUUAGUGCUAAUUUCUUGGAGGCCGCUUCUUAUGUUUUGUCUUGUAAAGUGGAAGGGAGCGUGUAUACUUUUCUUGGCAUUAAGGUGGGUUGUAAUCCGCGGAAAAAAGAGUCUUGGAUCCCUCUUGUUUCUAAGAUUAAGAAGCGGUUAUCGGGUUGGAAUAAUCGGUUCUUAAGCUUGGGAGGAAGGAUCACUCUUUUGAAAUCUAUUCUUAGUUCUCUUUCUAUUUUCACCAUGUCUUUCUACAAGAUGCCGAAAUCGGUGGCUAAGGAGGUGGGGAGGAUACAAAAUAAUUUCUUAUGGGGAGGGGGUUUGGGAGAGAGAAGGAAGAUCCAUUGGGUUAGUUGGAAGAACGUUUGUUUACCGUUCAUUAAAGGUGGCCUUGGAAUUAAAGAUGUUGGUGAUUUCAACCUUGCUCUUCUUAAUAAAUGGUGUGGAGGGUUUUAA